AUGAUAUUCAAAGAGGAUAAAGAUUGUACCCAGGAACGAUACCAGAUAAUUCAAAGAUACAAUUCUCUUCAAGAACAGGUCUUACCGAUCUUGAAGACUCUGGUAACAAUGACUCAGCAAGUCCUUAUGCCCAACGUCAAGUCUCUGAGUGUUGUCAAAUCGACUAAUUGGGAAUACGUCGGGGACAUUGAUAUGGAAACCCUUCGCCAUCUCUGUAGACCAUCCAAUCUUUGUUUGAAAUGGAUCAACAUCACACCACCUGCAAAAGAGCCCCCUAGACCAAAAAUAUAUUAUGAUGACGAUAGUGAUAGUGAAGAUGAUUACGAUUAUGAGGAGGAAGGAGCGUACGAUGAGGAUGAGGAAAGCGAGAAGGUAUACAAGCGGGAUGCCCUUUUGAAGAAUAUCACCAAGCUAGCUUCCGGAGACCCCAAUGUCGUGUAUCACAAUAUUGAUUUACGCUCUGUUCAAAUACAUGGAGAGUACUGA